AUGGCCACAGCGAGUAAACGCGAGGAAGAGAACUUAGAAUUAAAAGUGUGCUGUAUUUGUUUGGAACAUUACAAGACUCCGAGAUGUUUACCGUGUUCACACUCGUUUUGUGAAGCCUGUUUAUCAGGUCAUAUCCAGUCGUCAUGUUCUGAUUUUAAUCCUCCAUUAGGAUUUCCAUGUCCCCUCUGUCAAGUUUUUGUGCCGGCACCCGGGAGGUUUGCUCAGUAUUCGUUUAACGACUGGGCCAAGAUCUUCCCAGAGAAUAAAUUCCUCGCUUCCAUCGCUGUGAAUGAUGCCAGUUUGACGUCCAUUCCUUGUCAUCCUUGUAAAGAAGAUGGAGAAGAUGCGCGGGGAACUAGCUGGUGCGUGGAGUGUUCCGAUGUUCUUUGUGAUGAAUGUGCUAAGUAUCACCGGAGAGCCCGUCCCUGUCGUCAUCACGAAGUAGUCUCACUCACUAAUAUAUCCCAGACGCUCUCACAGAAUUACCCAGGACUAGAGAACUGCGAGACCCACGAGGGUCGAAAAAUUGAGGCGCUUUGUGAAAAUCACCUCGCUCCCUGUUGUGCUCUUUGUGUUAUUAAAGAACAUGGCGGUUGUUCCAGCCUUUGUCAGAUAGAGGAAGCUGCCGAGAAACUCCUAGGAACCGAUAAUGUCAAGAAUUUACAAGACGAUGUAAAGGAGUUAUGUACAGAUGUAGAGGGAAUAAUAAAAAGAAACAAAGUUAACAUAGAUAAGAUUGAUGAUGUAUCUGACAGAUUCACGAAAGAAAUUUCAGACGCAACAGCGGCAAUCAUUCAAGCUGUUAAGAAUUUAGAAGAAACACAUUUGGAUGAACUUGCAAAAUCGUGCAAAGAAUCAAAAUCCAAACUUGAAAAAUCAAUUAAAUGUCUUGAACAGAGGCUACAAUACCUUCAUUAUUGGGGGAAAAUAUUACAGAGGAAUUUUUCAACUGACAUAAACCCGAAAAUCUGUUCAGUUUUAACCUACAGUAAAACGAAACAUAUUUAUGAAAAUUUGAGAAGAUUGGAAUACACACAACUAAAAAUAUCUGUAAAAACUGAAUUACACGACGACGUACGGAAGCUAAUUGAUUUACCGUCCUUAGCAGCAAUCACCACGACUGAAUAUCAAAACCCUGUUAUGCUAUAUAGUGUGAUCAAAUUAAAGAAUGCUGAAGUAAAACAAGUUUCUAAUUUCAAGGUUUAUGGUACCGACUUCUACGGUGGAGUUUUCCUACAGAAUGACCAAUUAUUGCUGGCGGAUUAUUCAAGGGAGAAAUGUAUACUAUACAGCAUAGAUGGUGUUAUUCUGCACAGUAUAUCUACGGGUGGAAGUCCGUGGGGUGUGUGUGCCAUUGGAGAAAAUGAUGUUCUUGUUGGACUCCCCGAUGACAGAAAAAUAUUAAGACUAUCUCAUUCACUUCAAAACUUACAAACCGUACAAGUUGAUAGUAAAUGUUAUGGAAUAUCGACAUUUGGAAAUACGAUUGCCAUAGGAAAUCGUGAUUCUGUUGAAAUAUUUGACAGUAGAUUCCAGAAGGUCAGAUAUUCAAAUAAUUUAUCUCAUACUGAUGAUGUAGCAGUCGAUGAUGAGGAAAAUGUCAUCUAUUCUAGUCAUGACGAGUCUACAGUCAGAAAAGUGGACAGAAAGGGAAACAUCUUAUUCACUUACAGUCAUGAAGAAUUAAAAAAGCCUUUUGGACUAACAGUAGACAGGGUUGGGAAUAUAUACGUAAAUGGAUUUAAAAGCAACAAUGUUCACAUACUGUCUAGGAGUGGUGAGGUUGUGAGAAUUCUGAACGGAGUGGUGACAAGUCCGAUGUGUAUUAACAUCCAGGAGGAAGGGAACAGAUUCUUUGUCAUUGAGAUAGGAGGGAGGGUCAGAUGUUUAAAUGAUUUACUCGCUACUGAUGAUGUAGCAGUCGAUGAUGAGGAAAGCGUCAUUUACUCUAGUCACGACAGAGACCUCCUGAUAAUGGGCUAUGUACUGUACUUUACCAGUACGCGAUCCGUGACUAUGGCGGACCAAGUGAAGUUUCCUUACUGCCGAGCCGUGAUGUAUGAAGUUCUGCGUGUCUCUGAUAACGUCGUCAUCCCUCCUGUACACACAUUUUCAGAGGACAUCGAGGUCAAAGGUUUCACGCUGCCAACAGAUGCUUGGUUGAUGCCGGUAUUAAGCACCGUCCACCUGGACCCGGCUAUUUUUCCCGAACCAGAGAAAUUUAAACCAGAGCGAUUUCUGAACGAGAAUGGGGAACUGACUGGUUAUGAAAAGGUGGACGCUACAUUUUCGCUAGGCCCGCGAGAUUGUUUAGCCAAGAACCUGGGUAAAAUGGAAAUAUUUCUUUUCCUUACAACACUGGUACAGAACUAUGAUAUUGAAAACGAGGCCGGGAAACCCUUACCCUCUCUGGGUGGGAUGUCAAGAGGAUUUCGUAGAGCCAUUCCCUACGAAGUUUGUUUGAAAAAGAGAAACUUAAUCAACGGGCGAUAA